AUGUCCAAAUGGGCCAAGCAAUACGGCGGUAUCUUUUCUCUGAAACGCUUCCGGAACACCACCAUCGUUUUGACGGACUGGAAGAUCAUGAAGGAGCUGGUUGACAAGAAAAGCACCAACUUCAGCCACCGCCCCCCGUCCAAGGUAGCCGAUCUCAUCACUCGCGGCAACCACAUCCUCAUGAUGCAAUAUGGCGAGACAUGGCGGACAAUGCGCAAGCUCAUCCACCAGUACCUCAUGGAAUCCCAGUGCGAGAAGGAGCACUGGAAGGUCCAGGAGGCGGAGGCCGCCCAGAUGCUGCAUGAUUUUCUGGUUGACCCAGAGAACCAUAUGAAGCAUCCUAAGCGGUACAGCAACAGCAUUACCAUGUCUUUAGUCUUCGGAAUCCGCGCCAAGAGCGUCAAUGACGAAUACAUGACCCGGCUGUACAGCCUCAUGGAGAAGUGGUCUCUGGUGCUCGAGACCGGCGCCACGCCUCCGGUUGACUCCUGGCCACUCCUCCAAUGGAUCCCUGAGAGAUUCAUGGGCUACUGGCGGCGACGGGCGACCGAGGUGGGCGACCUGAUGACGGGUCUGUACACGGAGGUGCUGCAUGUCAUCGAGAACCGACGAAAGGCGGGCAUCUACAAGGACUCCCUCAUGGACCGGGUGCUGGACAAGAAAGACAAGUACCGAUUCGACGAGCACCAACUAGCAUUCCUCGGAGGCACAUUGAUGGAGGGAGGAUCAGAUACAUCUUCGUCACUGAUCUUGGCCAUUGUGCAGGCGAUGACUCAAUACCCUGAGGUUCAGAAGAAAGCACACGCUGAAAUCGACUCUGUGAUCGGCACGGAUCGGUCCCCGGCCUGGUCCGACUUCCGCAAGCUGCCUUACAUCAAUAUGAUGAUCAAAGAGGCGCACCGCUGGCGGCCAGUCCUGCCACUGGGGGUCGUCCAUGGGCUAGCCACAGACGACUCGUACAAUGGGAUGCAUCUCCCGAAGCACUCUACCGUGAUCCUCAACGUGUGGGGCAUGCACAUGGACCCGGACCGAUUCGAAAAUCCCGACGCCUUCAUUCCGGAACGCUAUGCCAACUUUCCGGAGCUGGCGCCUCACUAUGCCGCACUCGCAGACGGUGCGGCGCGAGACCACUUCGGCUAUGGCGCAGGCCGUCGUAUCUGUCCCGGCAUCCACCUUGCGGAACGGAAUCUGUUUAUCGCCGUGGCGAAGCUGCUGUGGGCGUUUGAGUUCAAGAACAACCCCGCCGGGAAGAAUGAUGCGAGCGCGGAGACUGGGAGCAGCCAGGGAUUCAUGCAUUGUGUAAAGGACUACGACGCGAUCGUCACGGUCCGGGGGGAGGAGAGAAGACAGACUAUUCUCAGGGAAUUGGAGCAGGCGCAGACUGUUUUUGCCAAGUAUGAUUGA